CAGAAUGGCACAGCCCAACGCGCGCAGCACAGAGCCCUCGGCCUAGCCAUAGCUUUGCACUGGGACCUUGCAUAGGAUCGGAGAGAUAGAGAGAUCGAGAUGAUGAGGGUGGCGGUGGUGGGCGGCGGCCUGAGCGGCUUGGCGGCGGCGCACGAGCUGGCGAGGAGCGGCGGCGCGCGUGUGACCGUGUACGAGAAGGAGGAGCAUCUCGGCGGGGGUGGCAACAAGACCAUGGCCGUCGACGACGGAACCGGCGGCCGUGUCCCUGUCGACCUUGGCUGCAUGGUCUUCAACCGGAUGACAUGCCCAAACAUGAUGAGAUGGUUUGAAGAUCUUGGGCUGGAGGUGGAGACAUCGGACAUGUCAUUCUCAGCAAGCCUGCGGUUGGACAAAGGUGCAGGUUUCGAGUGGGGCACCCGCAACGGUAUAUCUGGCGUGUUGGUGCAGAAGAGCAACCUGCUUAGCCCCAGAUUCUGGCUCGUGAUCCGUGAGAUAAUCAAGUUCAAGAAUCAUGCUCUCAAGUACCUGGAGGACCAUGGAAGAAACCCUGACCGGAAUGAGACUUUGGGGCAAUUCAUCCAGUCACACAGAUAUUCGCAGCUCUUCCAGGAUGCCUACCUUAUCCCAAUGUGUUUAUGCAUUUGGUCCAGUCCGCCACAGGGAGUAUUGGGCAUCCCUGCUGUCUCUGUGCUUUCAUUUUUCCGCGACAAUCAUCUUCUUGAGUUGUUUGGUCGCCCGCAGUGGCACACCGUCAAGGGUGGUUCGGGGUCCUACGUGAACAAGGUAAGGGAAGAAUUGGAGAGCAUGGGUUGUCAAAUUAAAACCGGCUGUGAAGUCAAAUCUGUUUUAAAAUUCAACGAAGUUUACCGAGUUUUAGAGGUUGACGGUUCAGAGGAGAUGUACGACAGGAUCAUAUUUGGUCUUCAAGCUCCAGAUGCUAUAAAAUUACUAGGAGCUGAAGCAACACAUGAGGAAUUGAGGAUUCUAGGAGCUUUCCAAUAUAUCUACAGUGACGUGUACUUCCACUGUGAUGAAAGCUUGAUGCCACAUAAUUCCUACGCAUGGAGCGCCAGGAACUUCCUGGGGACAAGCAGUGGUGUGUGUGUUACCUACUGGCUAAACAUAGUUCAGAACAUUGAAUCUUCAAGGCCUUUUCUUGUGACAUUUAACCCUCCCCGUGCUCCCAACCAUGUAUUCCUCAAAUGGCAUACGAGCCUCCCAAUUCCGUCCCUGGCUUCUGCAAAGGCUACUGUUGAGCUCAAUAACAUCCAAGGAAAGAGGGGAAUAUGGUUCUGUGGCCCAUAUCAAGGCUACAGAUGCCAUGAGGACAGUGUUAAGGCUGGGAAAGUAGCAGCUUCAGAAUUGCUUCAAAGGAAGUGUAACCUCUUGGUUAACCCAAAACCGAUGGUCCCAUCAUGGACCGAGGCCGGUGCACGCCUUCUGGUACUAAAACAUUUUGACCAAUACAUAAACAUUGGUAACGUGAGCAUACUGGAAGAAGGAGGCACUACAUUUAGUUUUGGUAGAGCAGGUGAAAGAUGCCAUGUAAAAUCUGUGAUACAAGUUCAUGACCCCCAAUUCUACUGGAAGCUUGCAACAGAAGCAGACCUUGGUUUUGCAUAUGCCUACAUCAACGGCUAUAUCUCAUUUUCUGAUAACAGAGAAGGCCUUCUGAAUUUUAUACUGAUUACUUUUGCUAAUAGAGGUGAACGGAAAAGGUUGAUGCGCAGCAGUGCCAGCAAAAGUAGUUGUAUAAGGAAGGGCUGGUGGUCACCUUGGCUUCGAAUCACUGGAAUUGCAUGUGCAAAAUAUAUUUUGCGUCAUGCCUCGAGGAACAACACUGUAUCAAAAGCUGCUAAAAAUAUCUCUAAGCACUAUGAUCUGAGUAAUGAUUUCUUUGCUCUUUAUCUGGAUCCAUCAAUGACUUACUCUUCUGGUAUCUUCAAGGCGGAGGACGAGAGCUUAGAAGCAGCCCAGUUACGUAAAAUUAACAGUCUAAUUAAUAAGGCUAAGGUGGAGUCAGGGCAUCAUGUUCUUGAUAUUGGUAGUGGUUGGGGCACUUUGGCCAUAGAGCUGGUGAAGAAAACUGGUUGCAAGUACACGGGAAUCACGCUGUCUGAGGAGCAACUGAAAUACUCCAAGAGGAAGGUGAAAGAAGCGGGAUUAGAGGACCGCAUAAGUUUCUUGCUUUGCGAUUACCGCCAAAUACCAACUGACCAGAAGUUUGACAGGAUUAUAAGUUGUGAGAUGAUUGAGCACGUCGGCCAUGAGUACAUGGAUGAUUUUUUUGGAAGCUGUGAAUACCAUUUGGCAGAACACGGCCUAUUUGUCCUCCAGUUUAUCGCGAUCCCAGAGGAAUUGUACGACAAAUUGAGGACGAGGCCCGAGUUCUUAAAGGAAUAUAUCUUCCCAGGUGGCUGCCUACCUUCUCUGGCCCGGGUUGUGUCUGCCAUGACUAAUGCAUCAAGGCUCUGCAUACAACACGUUGAGAAUAUUGGGGACCAUUACUACCCGACUCUGAUGCACUGGAGGGACAACUUCAUGGCCAACAGAAAAAAAGUUGCCGCCCUGGGAUUUGACGAAAAAUUCAUGCUUACUUGGCAGUAUUAUUUAACAUAUUGUGCGGCUAUGUUCAGAUCACGCACACUUAUGGACUACCAGAUCGUGUUUUCUCGGUCCGGCGAUGCCAAGGUGCCAAGCUACGUGGCCAUUGCAUAAAUGGAAGACCUUGUGUUUAUGUAUCCCGGUAUAUGUUGGAGUUAAUCUUGUUGUUUAUGUGUUCGUGUGAGUUGUAGAUUUGUAGUCAGUCAUGUACGUGUGUGUCGGACAGCAGGUCAGUAAGUGCGUGCGUAAGUGGUUGCCUGUGUGUGUGACCUGUGAGAGAGAGAAUAAUUGGGCCAACACUUCACGUCAUUACUGAAUUUCUUCUCAAUUAGUUUGGUCCAUGUAUAACCUUGUGUAUCUACGCAAGGUAAAAUAAAGAUUUGGUUUGUACUUGCAGUAUCGAUGUACACUGGAUCGGACCAUCAGUUUGUUGUUUAUCAAUAAUAAUCUCCAUAUCAGUGUUUGCAUUGUUUUA